UGCGAGGUAGCUUUUAUUUCCGGUAAAGAUGGCCAAAGUAGCGAAAUCAGGAGAGGACGUCAAUGUUACAUAUGAAGACCAACAAAAGAUAAAUAAAUUUGCAAGACAUAAUGCAAGAAUGCAGGAUCUGAAAGAAGAACUAGAGGCAAAGAAGAAGGAACUUCAGAAUCUCCAGGAUGCGGCUGAUGAACUUCUGAUGCUGGAAGACGAAGAAUCUAUACCAUACCAGAUAGGUGAAGUGUUCUUCAGCGUGUCUGCAGAUGAAACCAAUGAAAUGCUGGAGAGAAGGAAAGAGGAACUGGAGGAACAGACCAAGAGUAUAGAGCAGCAAGUCAAUGAACAUAAGCAAGUGCUCUCGGACUUGAAAGUACAUUUGUAUGCCAAAUUUGGUAACAAUAUCAAUUUAGAAGCAGAAGAACAAGCAGAGCCUUGAAAGUGACUUAUAGCUGUGAUACUGGGAGUUUUUUUUUCUUUUUUUGAUAUGAUGAUUAUUAGAGCUAUCUGUGUGAAGUGUGUGUGGUUUGUUGAAAAUCUGGGUCAAACAAGGUUGGGACACUACGUGUAAAUCAUAAUAUUGGAAGCUUUUGUUAAAAAAACAGAUACCUGUUGGGAUACUGAGAAUGAUGCAUCAUGAUGAAGCAAGUAAUAAAAUGAUAGACAAGAAAACCGAUGUCCAGCAUUGUUUAGGAGAACCAGAUUUUUAUGCUUGAAAGAAAAAUGUUUUCUGACUUAAACAAGAAAUAAAAAUUAGAAGUACUUUGUA